UUUUUAAAUAAAAAAAGAGAAAAAAAAAGGAUGAAUUGGGAUUUCCUUUUCCCGCCGAGCCGAGACUCCGGGGCCGCCGGUUCCUGCAGUGACGGCGGCCCGGGGGAGCAGCCUGCUCGGCCCGUCCACUACCAGAGUCCCUGGAUGUGGCUGUUCUCCGUCCUCUACAGGCCCGCCCUGCUGCUCCUCCAUCGCGAGGAGGGGGAGCAGGGCCGCGGGCCCGGCCUCCUGGGGCCGCUCCUGGGCCAGAUGCGAGGCGGCCCCGGCCCGGGUCCGGCGAGCGAGGGGCUGGAGGCCGCCCACCCGCUCGGGGGCUUCUGGGCCUCCGCCUGGCACUGGGUGGGAGCCGCCGAGCGGGAGGUGGAGGUGGUGGAGGUGGAGGUGGCGGAGGUGGAGGAGGAGGAGGUGCCAAAAAGCCUCGAGGCCUCCCCUGACCUUUGGCCCCCAUUCCCGGGCCUCCUCAGCAGAGUGUGCGGGAGGGUCGGCUACCCCGGGCCCCGCCGCCAGGCCGGCCGGCCGCAGCCGCUGGACCUCAGCCGGCCGUGCCCGAGGCCGGACCGGCCCCCGCCCGCCUCUGACUGCCCGGCCGCCGCUUGCCUCCGGCGGCCGGCGGCCCCGCUCCGGCCCGGCUUCAGCAGCCUCCCGGACAGCCUGCCCCUUUCCGCCUGCGCCGCCGCCGCCGCCGCCGAGAGAAUGGGGAAGCCCGCCGAAUUUUCCCGUUGCGGCGGCCAACUGGGCCUGGUCACCCCGGAACCGGACUACGGUUAUUCCAGCUUGGAAGAGGAGCACACCGGCCGCCGGCGCCGGCGCUUCGGGUACUGGGGCCGCGGGCCGCCACCCCCACCCCCACCCCCAGCUCCAGCUCCAGCUCCAGCUCCAGCUGCCCCCAAGGCCGACACCCGCUCCGAAGGCAGCGGCCUGAAGGACGACCGGCGGGCCCGCGCGAAAGACGAGGAGGCAGUUUGGCUGCACCUCUCCGUUGACUCGACCAUGCCCACGCUUGAUUUGUUGGACCUCGAGGGGAAGAGUGCACGCUUCGGGGACGACGAGUGGAACAGCAACGAGAGCGGCAGCGGCAGCGGCAGCAGCAGCGGCGGCGGCGGCGAUGAAUCCGAGGGCGAUGCCGAAGAGGAGGAAAGCUACUAUUCUUUGCCCCGACCUCAGUGCUCCAAUAAGACGAUUGCUUACAUUUUGGGAAGCAACCCCAGCAGCGAUGAAGACGACAGUGAGGAGGACGAGGACGAGGACGAAGAGAGCGACUCGGACGAUGAUGGAUUUGACAGCGAUGGCAGUUCCGAGCUCUCGGGCGCGGACGAGCUGUUGAAUUCUUUAGCAGGGACCUCUGAUCCCUAUAACCUUAUGAAUUUUCAAGCCUGCAUUAAGACGCAGCAAAAAGUGGACAUCCGAACUGCGUUCGAGUCCGGUCGCCCUCAGCAAUCUGUGUCGUGCACCCUUGUGCUGGAUGAUGAUGUGGACAGACUGGACAGUGGGUUUUCUGACGAAGUUCAGGGAGAGCUGCAGAAAGCAUUCACCCAGUUGGCUUCUGGAAAAAAGUACCCCAAAAAGGUUGCCUUUGAUGAGCAAGUCGCUGUGUAUUAUGUGAGCAGUGAAGAAAUCCGUAAAGGUCCCUGGGAAGAGUAUGCCCGGGAUCGUUGCCGAUUCCAGAAGCGAAUCCGAGAGACUGAGGAGUGUAUUGGUUAUUGUUUUACCCCUAAACACCGAUGGACUGUGCUGGAAAAAUUGCGACUGGGCAGCUAGUGAUCCGCUAGAGCAAACCGCUAUUGAAAACAUCCCUUUGUUUAAUAAUCUAUUUGCAAUUUAACCCUUAACUUUGCUGAAACCGUGUGCAGCAUAACCCUAUUGCCUACCAGACUAGUAGCUGGGUGUGGAAAACCUCAUGCAGUGGCCGUGACGCCAGCUUGUGACAGAAAGAAGCACGUUAGGAGAAAAAAGAACACCAUUUGUAGUUACAGUGAAUCAUCCAGGGAAUUAAAAUAGUGCUAAGACCUACUGUCCCUAGAUUUCAUUCUAUAAGUGUCAUUUGGGCUGAGGAUUCUAAAAUUCAUUCUGAUUUAAUUUCCAUGGUGUACAAAAGAUGGCUUCUAUAUAAAAUUGUUUGCAUAAGUUGCAAUCAAUUGGUGUGACCCAUCUAGCGAUGUGCUUGGGGUUUACAGAGGUUCAUCUGUUCUACCAACUUGAAUCUUCUGUAGUAUAUCACUUCUGUGAUGUGGCGCUUAACCUUAUUGCCCUUAAAGAAACACCUGAAGAUACCUUUUAUCCCAAUAAGGUUUAUUUAUUGUGGAUGCAGUAAAAAAGAGGCAUACCCCACAGUAUUCGUUUAAGCAUUGUUUUUGUAGCUAUCCACAAUUCUGGAAUUUGCAUUCAAGUUCCCACUGAGUUUUGCUCCCUCUUUCCAGUUCCUUUUGUAAAUCACAUCGCCUCAAAAUACCAACUUGAUUUAUUGGUGCAGCUAUAUGGUACUUGCACUUAUGGCCUGCCUCUGUAUGUUUUCUAAGGAUGCUGGAUACUGUUUAGGUCAUUUACCUAUAAUUUCGCAAGCUCCUAAAAUGUUGGGGCAAAAGGGGAACUAUAAAUUCAGCAAAUUGGUGACUAAGAUAUCGGUGCAACUUGUUGAAUUAUUUCUGUCAUUCAUUUAUCAAUGCCAGGAAUUUUUGCUUCAAAACUAUUGGUUUCCUGCUAAGAUUUUGUUCAAUGUGAUAACAUGCUAUUUAGCAGCAUUUCCAAUGCACUACAGUUGGAUUCUUUGCAUGUUUGCUUCCAGGAAGAAUUUCUUUGUUUCUCAAAGGGGCAUACAGCACAGGAGGAGGCCAUUUGACUUAUGGCUGUACCGGCCCGCUGGAAAAUUUAUCCAAUUAACCCUACUGCUCUCUUUGUAGCCUUCAAAUUUUUUGCCAGUUGAGGGAUUAUUAUUGAACCUGCUUCCACCAGCCUUCCAGGCAGUGCAUUCUAAGUAGGAAUUGCUGAGUUAAAAAAAAAAUAAUUUAUCAAAGAAGUGAUUUCAAUAGUGCUUGAUAUAUAAUAAUAUAAAAGGAAUCCUGGUACGAGCCUAACCACUAGUGAGCUUGGGGGUAAAUGACACUAUGUAUAAAGACAUUCAUUCACUUCAGAGGAACACAUUGGAAACUUCCCCCUAGCUCCCUCAGACAAGCUGUUAAUCCAACUGUAAUGUAUUGCAAAACUGUUAAUAACUGCUAAAUGUAUUUUUAUCUGAUCACCAUUCUGCACAUGAUUAUAGAUUAGUUAAUAGCUUUUAGCUUCUAAUUUUAAAUUCCUUUUGUUACAGCUAAUUGAUUUUUAGAUUGGCACAGCAAGUUUUUUUUAAGUGAUUGUUGGUGGGUGCAAGUUACAUUCAGAAUUCAAGUCUGUCUGAAUCCUUUCCACACUUUUGCAUUGAAAUGUAUUAAGUCAGUUUUCUGUUAUAUUACAGUUUUAUUUUUAAAUAUGUGCAUUGAGCAAAUUAAGUUCCUGGCUUUAUCUAAGAUAAAUUCAUUUGGAUUUCUUCAGUUUUUAAUGAGACAAUGUAUUUGUCAUUCACAGUUGAACCACUUUCUUGGAAAUGGGAUUGAAUCAGCAUGGGAUUACUGAUUUCUAUUUCCAUUUGGUUGGGAUUGAGUGGCUAUAAAAUAUCCUGGAUCGGUGUUUAGAGGAUGCCAAGUCUUAUGGAAUUGAUUAGUGACCUGGGAAUAAAACCUACAAAUGAUUCUUUGUUUCAAAAGUGAAUGCUGCCUGAACUGACCUUGAUGCUAUUUUCUGUAAAAGAAGUAUAGGUUCAUAUCUUUCGACACUCUGGCCUCUGCAGCCGUGGCAUUGUGUUUUAGGGCAAUUUGACACGAUCCUCAAGUUGGACUGUGUAGAAACCAAUGUUGAAUAAUUACUUAAUUCCCAUGUUUGUGCUGAAUAUAACUUAAAAAACGUCUUUAGUGAUCCACUUUUUUCAGCAGUUAAUCUUAGUUGGAGUUUUUGAAAAUCAUCCACCUUUUAGCUCACACCUAAAUGUCAGGGGCAAAUUUUUUACAAAGGGAGCAUUCGAUUCUCAGUUUGAUUCUCUGUAGAGCUAGCAUUGGACUGCUAAUUAACAAUGGUAAAUUUGAAUCUAGUUACAUCUAUCGGAUUUAGUGGCACUUGCAAAUUGAAUUUUGCUUCUUAAAAGGGAACACUUUGUUCUGUCUCAGAUGCUGAUACUCAUGCCAGUGCUGUCCUACCCUGUAGCAGGGCACCUUUUGAAGGAUGACCUGUUUCUCACCCCGGGUGGCAGUUAGUGUAGACAUUCAGACUCACCUGUGGGACUGGGAGGUUGAUAAAAGCUGACACUGUGAACCUUGCUGAUAGGCAUGUAAACUGUCCGCUUGGCACAGAGUUGUCUCCUGAUAAAUCCCUCCUUAUUAAAUAAAGAAUAGAGGGGGCAAGUAAAUACCAAUAGAAAAUUUGAACAGAAUUGGUAAUUAGAAGUCAAAAUGGUUGAAAGUUUUUUUUGGUUGGAAGUGCAGUAUUGUAAAUCUAUUUUGAGUGUCUGUUUUUCUGUCACAUUCACUUGUUCAAUUGCAACCUUGAAUCUCCACCUUGUGUUCUGUACAACAAAUGAGUAUGUGGCCUUUUUGGGGUCUGUUGUGCAACUGAUGGAAUUAAUUUUGCACCAUUUGCCCUCAAUUUAUAGUUUUUAUUUAUCAAGCAAUCAAUUGUAUUUUUGUAUGAUUUUGCAGAUUUGUAAAGUGUAAAGAAAAUUAUAGUUAUAUUAAUUUACAUCAAAUUUGCUAAUUAGGAUAAAUGGGGCAAUUUUAAAUGUUUGUAAUUACAAUCCCCAUCAAACUAUUGUUAUAUAAAUUAACUAAAUUUUGAGACAUCCUGUGCUUUAAGCACUGAAUAACCCAGCACUGCUGACAUUACAAAUAAAAUAUUAGUCUGAAGCA